AUGUCAACAGUUAAUUUAGCUAGUGUUUUUUUUUGUUUUUGUGUCGUGAAUUUUGUUUUUGCUCAAGUCAAAUUUGAUUUAAGUUCCGCUAAUAGUGAUGUUAUUUGGACAGUUGAAAAUGAGAACAAAUCUAUAUCAAUCCCCGCUACAGUACCGGGAGGGAUAUACUCCGACCUGCAAAAGGAGGGUAUUAUCAGCAAUAUUCUACAUGGAUUCAACGAUGUCCUCACACGUUGGGUGGCUUACGAUUCUUGGACCUACAAAAGCAGAUUUCAAAUCAAUUCUGAACAUUUGAAUUAUAUUUCGUCCGAUUUAAUUCUUGAAGGCGUGGAUACAAUCAGUUUCUUAGAAGUGAACGGCAUCCCCAUUGGCCUUACAAACAACAUGUUCGUAAAAUAUAUUUUCGACAUCAGACAAUAUAUCAAGGAAGGUGAAAACGAAUUGAUUUUUAACUUUAUGUCACCAAUAGACGCAGCUAAAGAACGGUCAAGCAAGCACUUUACAGCCCCCGAAUGCGUGCCAGAAGAAUAUCAUGGAGAAUGUCACGCUAAUCAACUAAGGAAGAUGCAAGCUUCGUUUAGUUGGGAUUGGGGACCAGCUUUUCCUUCUGUCGGCUUAUGGAAAAACGUUUCUAUUAUGUUUCACAACGGCGCGUUAAUACGAAGCGUUACAACUCACACGCAUAGAGAUAAAUCACAUUGGUAUCUCAGAAUAAUUGCUACGUUGAAUGGAACAAAAAAUAUCAGAGGUUUCUUGAGUGCGCAGUUGUCUGUAGACGCCGACCAGUCUCUUACAGUAGGAAAGCAUUUGAAUAUCUCAAGCGUGGAAGAUGGAACAGAAGUGGAGCUUAAUAUGACUAUAAGUGUGAAUGUGGUCUCCCUAUGGUGGCCCAAUGGGUACGGGGAGCAUCCUUUAUAUGACCUUAAAAUAAGUCUGACAAACGAAGAAAAUGAACUGUCCCAGAAGAAGUUAAAGAUUGGCUUUCGCACAGUGGAACUUGUUGAAGCAGACGCGUCUACUGUCCUUGGAAACACGACUGGCGGUCAAGGACUGACGUUCUUCUUCAAAGUGAAUGGAUAUCCCAUAUUUAUGAAAGGCUCCAACUGGAUUCCAGCCCAUAUACUUCCCGAACUGGGAGCCGAUGAAAAGACAGUUGACAAUCUCCUUGAAUCUGCACGUGAUGCACACAUGGCAAUGUUGAGAGUGUGGGGCGGUGGGGUCUACGAGUCAGAUUACUUCUACCAGCGAUGUGACGAGCUCGGGAUACUAAUAUGGCAAGACUUUCUCUUCGCCUGUGCCAUGUAUCCAACAGAUAAAGAAUUUUUGGAAACUGUCAAAUUAGAAAUCGAACAAAAUGUGCAGCGUCUUCAACACCACGCUUCAAUAGCUGUGUGGGCUGGCAAUAACGAGAAUGAAGUAGCUCUCAGAGGAAAUUGGUAUAAAACUCAGCCAGACUUCGACAGGUAUAAGGAGGAGUACAUCAAACUCUACGUAGAUACUAUAAAGCCCAUAGUGGAGAUGCUGGAUCCUGGUCGACGAUACCUAGUUUCAAGCCCGUCAAAUGGCAGACAAUCUGAAGAAGAUGGAUAUGUAGCUCUGAACCCGUAUGACCCACAUUACGGUGAUACGCAUUACUAUAAUUAUAUAGCAGACAAUUGGGACUCCAAUAUCUAUCCUAAAACAAGAUUCGCUUCAGAAUACGGCUUCCAGUCUUUCCCAUCGCUAAAAACAAUGACAGACGCGACGAAUAGAAGUGACGAUUUUCGGUUAGACAGCGAAUAUUCCAAACAUAGACAGCACAGUCCAAAUGGAAAUAAUAACAUUGAACUGCAACUCACCAAACAUUUGAAGUUAGAUACAAAUGAUAGCAAAUAUUUUGAGAAGUUUGUUUUCUACAGUCAGAUAAGUCAAGCAAUGUCAAUGAAGGCGGAAACCGAGUUCUAUCGUCAAAGUCAAGCUGACUGGUACACAAUGGGAGCGUUAUAUUGGCAACUUAAUGAUGUAUGGCAAGCACCUUCUUGGUCAGGAAUUGAAUAUGGCGGUAAAUGGAAAAUGCUGCACUUCUUCGCAAAGCGGUUUUUCGCACCAGUUUUGGUUUCACCUCGACUGACAUUAACUGGCAAUGUCGACGUGUACCUAAUCAAUGAUAGAUUUGUCCCACUAACUGGUGCAGAAAUUAUCGUAGAUGUAUUUAACUGGACUAGUUUAACACCUAUAUUUAAUAAAACUUACCCUGCAAAUGCAAAGAUUUUGUCUAGCUCAAAACAGACAAGAUUGAACAUAUGGAAUAACGACAGCAAGGACGAGGUUUUCAUAAGAUUCUCGCUUAAAUAUAAUGGAGCUUUGUGGUCUCCACAAAAUUUCGUUUUUCCGAUACCAUUGAAAAAUGUUAAAGGUUUACAAACACCUCGAAUAAAGAUAAAACUCCAGAGACCCACUAUCCAAGCAGCAGAUGAAACUAAAUUCAUAAUCAGUAUAGAAACAGAUAGUGUCGUCUUGUUUCUAUGGUUGGAGUCAGAAGUGGAAGGCCGAUUUAGUGACAAUGGUUUAAUUUUGACGGAUCCCGUAACCAAUAUAUACUUUACUACUAAAAUCAAUAUUAACAAAAAUGUGAUACAGCGGGGAAUAUCGUAUCAAUACUAUAAUCAUUAA